AUGUCUCAACCACACGGAAACCACCAAACCCCAGGUUAUGGCGGUGUACCUGUUUACUCGGCCCAACACCACCAUUCACUUCCCAUGCCCAACAAUUCCGGAUCCGAGAUUUACCCCCUUGGAACUUUCUCUCCGGGAAUGGGCCAUCCAGGCUCUUAUGUUGGACUAAACCACUUCGGAAAUCCAGCUCGUGGCACUCUUUCUCAAGCCUCAGCCUGUUCGCGGGGUAUCAACACGUCCCCUCACAAUUACCACUCGCUGCAGAAUUCUCCUGGCUUCGCAGUCGCUGCACGUGGUACUCCUGGCCAGCCUGCCCAUUCUCCUGAUGCUCAAUCAAACUACUCUGGACACAUCGGCCCGCAGGGUCAUCAUCCCCAGGUUCUGUUCCUUCAAUCUCCUCUCGAGCGCGCUCCGCUCCCGACUCAAUUGAUUCAGUCCACACCGCAAGGUUCAGCUUUUGAAUACACCUUUUCUUCUCCGCUGCCUGGAAGAAAUCCCUCAUUUCAGUUCUCCGCCCCUCCUGUCUCAAAACCGGCGCCAAAAAAGCGCGCUCCACGUCGCAAAGCACCUUCUCGCUCUCGCUCCAAGAAUGCGGUCCCACCCGAGCCAACCUCACCAGCUCCUGCCAAACCUACUUCAGUCGAAGCCCACAAGCGCCCUCCGUUCUCCGAUCCUCCCCAAUCCCAGGAACCCAGCCCUGGGAACAGGCCAAAUUUGGAAGACCCAAUCGAUGAGCCUCCACCUUCGACCAGGCAACGUGCCCCUCCCAAAGUUAUGGAGAAGAUUCAAGACGAACCACUUGACCAACUCCGAGACCGCGCAACAAGAUACGCUAUGUAUGUCCGCCUGACUCCUGAUGACAAACUUGCUCUUGAAGAGGCAUACCGUCAGUAUCAGAGGUCUGUCCACCUCAUUGUGAUUGAUAGGAGAUUGCACCCCCAGCCAGCUCUUCAGUACCUUGGAAACGAUGUUUGUGUACGGGGACCGACCAACUUCAACAACUUCUGUGUUUACGACGAAGUUGCUGGCCCAAUUUACCAUGAUAAAUCACAGACCAUUUCCGACCGAAUGGUACAGUGUGGAGAGCUGUGGCAGCAGUUGGACGAAGAGACCAAAGAUCAGUGGCGUGAUCAAGAUUUCCUUGACACCAUAUCUCCACCCAAUAACAUCGCGCCAGGCUCCGAGCAAUCAGAAGUUGCUGCCACACAGUCGAAAAAACGAGAACGAUUCAAACUCAACAUGUGGGUUUGCAAAAUGAAGCGGGAUCUCAAGAAUCUGAGCACGUCUCAUCAGGUCGAAGGUUUUUUUGCAUUGGCUUCGCGCCACCCCGACAACCCUGAACUCAUAACUGGGGGCAGCAUAUUGGCCGAGGAAUUCCUCGAUGUGCUGGAGAAAGGUGCUAAUACCUGCCAGUUGUUCUACAACUUCAUCAACGGCCAACAAGCGGUCAAAGAAAUCUCGGGUGACUACCCUCGCCCAAGCACAAAGCGCAAACGUCGCUCCGGUAAAGAUCCUGAGGAUGGUGAUUGUCCGUACGAUCUUGGUAGUAAGGUUGCCAAUGCAGCAGAAAUUCGUGCAAAGCUCAGGCAAGCGCUGUCCAUAGCUACCCACGGAGUCUGGACUGGUGGUUGGCCAGGUACCAAAACCGUACAAAAGUUGAGCGCACUCGAUGUUACCUUGCAGGUCCACCCAAAUAGCAAGGGUGUUGUACCGGGAGACUUUUGUGCCCGGCCAUCAGACAUGCGGAUCGCUCAGACUCGCCGUAUUCUGACAGCCUUUGCCAACGGGUGGGUCCGACUUAUUGGUCCACCUCCCCCUGAUUCUUCAGAAGGUCAGAUCAGCAUCAUUGGGCGCGAGCCUGACUCGGAUGAAGACGAAGCUCCAGGUAUCACUGUUGGCUUCAACGGGAGCCAAAUCAUUAGUAAGGAUCCCUCGGGAAAGGGCGUGAAAAGAUAUGGCUGCAAAGUUCCCGUUGCAUCUAAGGGAGUCAAGAAUCCGAACCCCAAAUUCCAUGCUUGCAAAUCUAAGAACCGUGUCCCAGAUUCUGAAGACAAUACAUCGUCCUCGGAGCUGGGUGACGGAAUCGCUUCACCCGCUCCCAACCGCCGCAUACUCACCAGACAGAAUCUUGCUCUUAUUAACUCGACUGGUCAUUUUCGCGAGGAGAGAUCAAUGACUCCUCACUCUGAAUACAUCCCAAUCCCAGGUGGCUCUGAAUAA